GAUAUUCUGUGUUUUUUCCUGUACCCUUAUGAAAUUAUGACUUGACCUCAAUUCAUGUGAAGCUAUCUACAAAUUUAAAAUAAUGAAAUUGUUGAUAUCUCAGUUUGACAUAUAAAUCUGUCUAAUAAAUGUCAAUAAAAAAUUUUAAUUUCCACGUUUAACUACAAUUCAAAAAUAAUGGCAAUAAUUUUUAAAGAACUUUCGUACUAGACGUACGAUGGUUGUUGGAGGCCCGUUUGUUAGUUUACGGGGGUUUGCUACUUCCCGACCACCUUUACUUGUAUUUACUUUAUGCCUUACAGCUUUUGCCUUGACAACAUUAUGGUUAUCAUAUUUUGUUCGUAAUGAGAAUGAAUUACAAAAUAUUGACGCACAUCGGGAUUGGAAAUCACUUAUACGUUAUUUGAGUGCUCAAGAACUUUGUAUCCAGCAUUCAUCUUCAUCUGCAUCGUAUGUGUACAACAAUCAUAUCGCGUUCAAUAAUGACACGUUAGAUUAUGCAAACGUGUCAGUACAUAUUUUAGCCACGCUGAAUGUUGCUUCAUUGCCACCGAAUAUUAGCUAUGUAAAUGGCUAUCUUUUAGUAUCAGGGUGGAAGAGUUUAUGUCCAACAGCGACUCCAUUUUCAGAUACUUCACUUGGAAUAUCAUUUAAUUUGGAUAAUGUAAAUGUACAACAAAACAGCAGCAAAGUACAAGAUGUGUGUGUUACAUUAACUGGCCCUAAAACUAUUCUAUCAAUGGCAAGCUCACCUCCUGCAUGUGCAGCUGCACCGUCUCAACAGGCAUCGGGGAUAUUGGUUACAAGAGCUGGCCCACCAGCCUUAGGUGAACGUGUUGAUGCUUGGUGUACAGAUGGUGUUACAGCUCGUCUGUCUUAUAAAAUAAAUCCUGAAAAUUCGGUUGUUUUAAGUAUUACGGAUCGAUCCAUAAUAAAUCUUCAUUUAGUUCACACUAGUUACUUUUUAUUUGUAAUGGCAAUAACAUUAAUAUGUUAUGCUGUUAUUCGUGGUAAACCAAAAAAUAAGUUAUCUAUUGAUAAGGUGCUAUUAGAUACUUAAAUAUCAGAGAUUCCCAGUUCGUGUAAUUAUAAUUAUUUUUUUAAUUUGGUUGUGAUAUAUUUUGUGUCAUAAAUAAAUAAUUAACACAGC